GGUGCCCGCCCCGCGCCGCCGCCCGCCCGCCCGGCUCGGCCGCCGCCGCGGUGUCUGGCCGGGUCCGCGCCGCUGGGGCGCGCGCGGGUCGGGCUGCGGGGCCGCGUCCGGGGCCCGGGCGGCCGGCGAGCAUGGAGGAGAAGUACCUGCCGGAGCUGAUGGCGGAGAAGGACUCUCUGGACCCCUCCUUCACGCACGCCCUGCGCCUGGUGAACCAAGAAAUAGAAAAGUUUCAAAAAGGAGAAGGCAAGGAUGAAGAAAAGUACAUUGACGUGGUGAUUAAUAAGAACAUGAAGCUGGGACAGAAGGUGUUAAUUCCUGUAAAACAGUUUCCUAAGUUCAACUUUGUGGGGAAGCUUUUGGGUCCACGUGGCAAUUCCCUGAAGCGGUUACAAGAAGAAACCUUGACAAAAAUGUCCAUCCUGGGAAAAGGCUCCAUGAGAGACAAGGCAAAGGAAGAAGAGUUGAGGAAGAGUGGAGAAGCUAAGUACUUUCACCUCAAUGAUGACCUCCAUGUUCUCAUUGAAGUCUUUGCCCCACCAGCAGAAGCCUAUGCCCGGAUGGGCCAUGCCUUGGAAGAGAUCAAAAAGUUCCUCAUCCCCGACUACAAUGAUGAGAUCAGACAAGCACAGCUCCAGGAGUUAACGUAUUUGAAUGGUGGUUCAGAAAAUGCAGAUGUCCCAGUGGUUCGGGGGAAACCCACCCUGCGGACAAGAGGUGUGCCAGCCCCAGCCAUAACCAGGGGAAGAGGAGGAGUCGCCGCCCGGCCAGUCGGCGUUGGUGUGCCCCGUGGCACUCCAGCUCCCAGAGGAGUCCUGUCCACCCGGGGGCCAGUGAGUCGGGGAAGAGGCCUUCUCACUCCCAGAGCAAGAGGCGUGCCCCCCACUGGGUACAGACCUCCACCACCACCCCCGACACAAGAGACCUACGGAGAGUAUGACUACGACGAUGGAUACAGCACUGCGUAUGAUGAACAGAAUUAUGAUUCCUACGAGAACAGCUACAGUGCUCCAGCUCAGAGUGGGGCUGAUUAUUACGAUUAUGGACACGGACUCAGCGAGGAGACCUACGAUUCCUAUGGGCAAGAGGAGUGGACGAACUCAAGACACAAGGCACCUUCAGCGAGGACAGCGAAGGGCAUCUACAGAGACCAGCCAUAUGGCAGAUACUGAUUGUACUGUCUGAUGUUGUGAAAUAGCCAAUCUCCACCCGUCCUGUAUACUGUUCAAAGUAAUUUUUUUCUAUGAACAAUCCCUUUUUAAAUAAAUCAAAAUGCUUAAAAUAUGAAUGGAUGGAACUUAAAACUACUUUGUUGAAACAUCAACCUGGGCAGGAAAAAAAAGACAUGUAAAAUUUUGUUAUUUCCAGUAUGUAUAUGAAAAAAUAGGUCAUCAAAAGGAAAAAAAUAACUUUGAUUAACUAGUGUUAAAACAAAUAGGUUUACUAAAUAUGUUAAUCCAUUCUUUUAACCUAAGCCUCACCUUUCAUUUUAAAGGUUUCCAUAGAAUUUAGUUAUUUUAUCUUUCAGCCAUAUGCUAGUUUUUUUUUUUUCUCUUGCCAACAUGCGUAAAAAGGGAAGCCAAUUAUAAGUGCAAAUAAUGUGGUAUUCUUUUGUAACUCAAGUCUUGAAAUGUUCUGUAGUGUUAAGCAAAGUCUCCUCUUGCUUGAUACUAAAUAAACUUUUGAAAGAAAUUUCGUGUGUGUGAGCUAACAAUUUCAUGUUUUUCUUAUUUAAAAAGGCCUUCAUAAAUAGUUGUAAACAGGGAAAGAAUUCCUUUAACAAUGCUUGUCAUAAAAGGGUCACACUAAAUAUUGUACAACUUAUUUUAAAAGUGGUAUAAAAUUAAAUGUACCAUUAUAUGCUCACAGUAGGUCUAAAUGCUGUUUAAAGAGUCCACAUGGUAUCGAGCUGCUUGAGCGGCACGUUAAAACUACGCAGAACCAAAUCUUGUUUUAAAACUGGUUUUAAAAUAACUACUGGAUUUUCUGGAAAAGAUGUGAUCAGUUUUCAUCUUGUUGAGCGUUUUUUCACUAGUGCAACUUUGGAUUUUUUAUGAGACUUUUGGUUCCUUAAUGAACACCUCGCUCCAUGCUGGAAGCAAUAAGCACAAAGCUUUUAAAGACUUUCUGACUUGACUAAUUGAGGUCCACUCGCCAAGGCUGAGGAUGUGUAACCCUUAAACGGUCUUCAUUUUCAAAGGAAAUGUCAGCCACCUUGGAAUGUCAGAGGGACUGGCCGUGACCUGGAGCAAACCUAGGAGCUUCCCUUCUGUUUAUGGACUGCUUAAGAAUAGUCAACUCACCACCGUGCCUAGUCAGUAAAUGAAUCCACUUGGAAACUUGAAAAUCGUCCUGGUUUAUCAUGAUUUUUACAAAUAUGUGUUCUGUUAAAUGUUUUUAAUGAAAUAGUAUGCUUUUUAAUUUGGAAGGCCUGUUUUUUUAAGAAAAGAAAAGAAAAUCUUAUUUUGUGGUCUCUUCAGAAAAACAACAAAAAAAUGAUUUGUAUAGUGAUUAAUAAAGGCUCCCCUGCGACGUCUCUCCUGCUUUCCUGUAUACCUAGAAGACUGCCUUGUCAUUUCAGCUCAGCUCUCAGCUGCGCACAGGAGGACCACGAGCAGCUGCAACCCCUGCUCGAGGCAAGAGUCGACACACAGUCCAG